AUGGCCUCUUCUUCUUCGUCUUCUUCUUUUGCUGAUUUCCUAGUGACUCAAGAACAGUUCAACAUGUUUCACAACAUUGACCGCCGUCUAUUCACCCGGCUGGUUUGCGAUCUCGGCCGCAAUCCCAUCGAGUCAAUGCAGGUCAUUGCACUGUGGAUAUGGCUUGAACAGGCUGGCCACUGUCAAGAUUUGGUGGGCAGCAUUCUGACAUGGCCUGCUGCUCAACUCAUUUCAAUGGCUGAUGAGGCUGUUUUAUUGCUGACCUGUAUUCAAAAUGAUAAAACUAUUGACCUUCAUCUUCCUUUAACUCAAAGAAUGACUAAAGAUGGAGUUUCUCUGGAGUAUUUUCAAGAGAACCGCCUGGCUGUUCUUCAUGGAGUUGCAAGGAACAUUAAUGAAGUCUGCGCCAAGGCUUUUGUAGAUAUUUUGCCGCAUGUGUUAUUUCCUUCUGUUGCUGAUGCAGUUCUGAGGAAUAAUAAUGAAAUUGUUGAGAUGUUAAGGCGUGCUGGAAAGGAAGAAUUGGUACCACAAGAUGAGAGGACAAUUUUCUUGACAUUUUCUAAAGGCUAUCCGAUUUCAGAAAAUGAAAUCAAAGGCUUCUUCACAAGAAAUUUCGGGGAGUGCAUUGAAAACAUUUACAUGCAGGAAGUUGCAGCGGCAGAGCAGCCAUUAUAUGCGCGGCUCGUUGUGUAUCCAGUUUCGGUAAUGGAAGUGGUGCUUGGAGGUAAGACGAAAGCAAAAUUUUCCAUUAAUGGAAAGCAUGUUUGGGCCAGAAAAUUUAUACGCAGAAACCAUAAAUCCCCCCCACGCUUGUAA